CUUUGUUUCAUAGAUCCAACUUCACUUUAUGCUGCGGACGGCCAUCAUGGUUGGGUUCCUCAAGCAUAUUUGAGCGUAGGAGAAGUUUGAAGGAGCGUGCGUGUAGUGUGAAGAGGGAGAAGAGGCGCGUGAAGCGGCCAGAGUUAGAGAUGUGGUCGAACCAGGCGUGGGCGUCAGGGACGGUGCCAGGGGCACCAACCAGCCAGGAGUCUUUGAGUGUUCUAGAGCAGCAAGCACAGCAGUAUUCAGCAGCAUACCAGCAACAACAUGCGGAACAGUGGCAACAGAGCACUGCUGCUGCUGCUGCUGCUGCUGCCAACCCAUGGAUAUGGGGUCAAACAGGGGUUUAUGGCAUGUAUGGCUUGUAUGGCAACACAUCAGGAGUGGUGCCAAUGAUGUCUGUACCUCCCCCCACCCUUGAUAACUCCCACCAAGAUACAAGUAUUCCACCACCAAACUUACCUUCCAAUAGUUCUGCCAGUGCUGGUGGUCCACAAUCUGGCGGAACAUCUACCACCCCUUCAAGUGCUGCAAAUGCCAGUAGUUCUACAUCUGGUGGAGCCUCCAGUAAUGUGGCUCCCCCAAAUGUCUCCCCCCCUAAAGACCCCCCACCACCAGAUGAACCACCACCACCCCCACCACCUGAGGAAGAGGAGAAGCCAGAAAAGUCUCAGGGUGGUCCUUUAAAAACAGGAGGGGAAGGUUUACUGGGAGCACAUCCUGACUCACUUAAGGAUUCUGCUGAUUCCAAAGGAAAACCACAGGACUCGUCUCAAGACAAAUCAUCUGUGGGACAGAUUCCUGGGUCCCUGAAUGAGUCCCCUGGAAUGAAAGGACAGGAAAAUGACAGAGGUGGCAUGGCACGAGGUGGAGGAAGUGGGGGAGGAUGGAGUGGCCAUGGGGCACCAAAUAGACAGAAUUAUGAUUCGAACCAACCAAUGAAUCGUGAAGGAGACUGGGGUAAUAAUCCCUGGGGCAAAGGUUCGAGUCAGUAUGGGAAUAACCAAGGUUCUCAAAAUUGGACCCCUGGAAGUGGUCAAGGUAGAAGUGGGGCCCCAAGUGAGAGUAAUCAGCCGUGGGGAGACUACUCUGAGCGUGGCAACCGGACAGAUUCUUCAUGGGAUUCUUACAAUCGGGGACAAAAUUCUAAAAACCAGGGCGGUGGUAGCAGUUAUAUGGGGGAUCAUGCUGGAGCUCAAGACAGGGGAGGAUAUCACCCUGGCCCAGACCAGGGACAAGGAAAUUCCUUUGGACAGCAGUCAACACACAGGAACUUUGAUGCCGAAUCCAAGUUUGAUGAAAAGAAUGAUGCUGAAUUGAAGGAGUUUGACAGGCAGUUUGUCAAUUGGGAGAAACAGUUUAAACAGUGGCAAGAAGAGAACAAGACUCACCCUGACAAAAGUGCCCUCAGGAAAUAUGAAGAAGAUUGGUCUAGAUGGCGAAAUGAACUGUUGGCAAAGAGAGAUGACAUUCGUAAGACAAAACUAGAGCAAUUCACUCAAGGACAGAUGGAAACAAAAACUGGUGUAGAUGGUCCAAGUAGUGCCAACAACAGUACAUCUGCUGCUGGCACCACACCUGCAGCACCCAUCACUGCUACAGGUCAACCUCCUGGACUAGAUCCAAAAAAACCUAUGGGACCAAAUGACUGGAAAGAUUUGAAUCAGAGAGAGCCAGGAGAAUGGCAAAGAAAGCCUCAUGGUGAACAAGACAGAGAUUGGCAAGGCAGCAAUUGGCCGUGGUCUCAGGAUCGAGGUGGCAGCGGUGGCGGUGGCCGACCAGACAAUGGACAGAAUAUUGGUAACUUUGAAAAUAUGCCAGAUCAGCGAAGAUUUGAUCAGACCAGAGGACAAGGAUUGAAUCCAGGAAAUGAUCGAGGUGGUUUUGGGAAUGAAUUGGGCCGUGGAGGAUUUGGUAUGGACUCAGGUCGAGGCGGACUUAGCCAAGAAGCAAAUCGAGGAGGAUUUGGACAAGGACAGAAUAGAGGAGGAUUUGGUCAAGAACAGAAUAGAGGAGGAUUUGGACAAGAGCAAGGACGAGGAAGAUUUGGGCAGGAUCCAGGUCGAGGAGGUUUCGAUCAUGGGCAGGGCCUUGGUGGAUUAGGUCAAGACAGAGGAUUUGGAAACCAGGGAUUGGGUCAAGACAGUUUUGGCCAGGGCCCUGACCGUGGUGGAUUCAAUCAAGGACUUGGGCGAGGUGGCUUCAACCAAGAUGACAGAGCAAGUUUAAACCAGGAACGAGGACGUUUCAAUGAUGGACCGGGCCGGACUGAUUUCAACCAGGACAGAGGUGGUUUUAAUCAAGGAGAGAGCCGUGGUGGCCUUGGACAAGGGAGUUUUGGUUUUCACAAUGACAGAAGUUUAAAAUCGGUUGAUCUUGACCUUGGAUUUAAUCAGGACCAACUAGGAUUUGGCCAAGGACUGGGUCGUGGUAGAUUCAGUCAGGAUCGUGGCGGUUUUAACCAAGGAGAAAGCCGCGGAGAUUUCAAACCUGGGCAGGGCCCAUGUGGUUUCAACCAGGAACGAGGAGGCUUAAGUCAAGGAUUAGGUCGUGGUUUUAACCAAGGACAGGACCAAGGAUUGGGUCGUGGUGGGUUUGAUCAAGGAUUGGGUCGUGGUGGCUUUGAUCAAGGAAUGGGUCGUGGUGGUUUUGAUCAAGGAUUAGGACGUGGAUUGAAUCAAGGAUCAGACCAAGGAUUAGGUCGUGGUUUUGGUCAAGGACCUGACCAAGGAUUAGGCCGGGGGGGUUUAAAUCAAGGACCAGACAAAGGAUUAGGUCGAGGUGGCUUCAGUCAAGGACAGGACCAAGGUCGUUUCAAUCAAGGACCUGAUCAGGGUUUAGGCCAUGGUUUCAAUCAAGGAUCAGAUCAAGGAUUAGGUCGGGGUGGCUUCAAUCAAGGACCUGACCAAGGAAUAGGUCGAGGUGGCUUCAAUCAAGGACCUGACCAAGGAAUGGGUCGUGGUGGCUUCAAUCAAGGACCUGACCAAGGAAUGGGUCGUGGUGGCUUCAAUCAAGGACCUGACCAAGGAAUAGGUCGAGGUGGCUUCAAUCAAGGACCUGACCAAGGAAUGGGACGUGGUGGCUUCAGUCAAGGACCUGACCAAGGAAUGGGUCGUGGUGGCUUUAAUCAAGGAGCAGACCAAGGAUUGGGUCGGGGUGGCUUCAAUCAAGGACCAGACCAAGGAUUAGGUAGGGGUGGCUUCAAUCAAGGACAGACUCCUGGAUUAGGUCGUGGUUUCAACAAAGGCCAGGAUCAAGGACUAGGGCGUGGUGGCUUCAAUCAUGGACAAGACCGGGCAGAGUUUGGCUUUGGGACAGAUGCUCGUGGCUUGGAUCAUGGACUAAACAGAGAAGGACUUGGCAGGGGACUAGGUCGAGGAGGAUCUUUACUAGGUGACUACGAUUCAAAGAGUGACAGAGGAGGAUUUGAUCUGGGAAACAGAGGAAGAGGAUUCUUUAAUCAGGACUCAGAGCAUGAACGCAAUGAAGGUUUUCUCAGAGAAGGUGGUAGAGGCGGAUUUUCCUCUGAACGAGGAAGAGGAGGCAUGUCCAGAGAGCCUGACCAGCUGGGCCGUGGUCGUGGAAGAUUCGACUCCCCAGACCAAGGCUUUGCCCCAGGCCAAGGGCGAAAUUUCCCAGCAGUCCGACAAGGCCCAGAAGGAAUUAAUACUGAUAAACAAGGAAAAGGUCUAUUGGAUAGAGUAGAACAUAGUUCAUUUGACAAAGAUGACCGUAUACAGGGAGGAUUUGAUAGAGAUGAUAGAAAUAAAGGCAUUGGAAGGGGAAAUAUAAUUGAUAAGGAGAUCAGAGGAAUGUUGGAUCAAAAGAAUUUGGAUAGAGGUGGUCCUUCUCAGAGGGGUCGAGGGCGAGGUGCUUUUGAUAAUCGAGGUCCUGGUCAAGAAAGAUUUAAUCAAACUGGGAUGGAAGUGGAAAGAGGGAUAAAAGAUCAAGAUGACAGAGUCCCUGGAGGUCUUGACAAAGGUGAAAGGGGUAGAGGCUCUGCUGACCCUGGUAGGCGAGGUCCUGGAGGAGUCGAGUCCAGCAGGUGGGAUAAAGGAGGCUUUAACUCAAGUGGGAGAGGAGGCUCUGGCUCAACAAGAUGGGGUCAAGGAGGCUUCAAUCAAAGUGGUCGAGGCCGAGAAGGCUCUGACUCGAGUGAACAAGAUCGUGGGCGAGGUCAUUCGACCGAAUUUAGUAAACGUGACGGUGAUAACAGUCGAAGUGGAAAUAAUCAAGCUGGAAGAGGCCGAGGUGGAAAUGAUCAAAAUGACAGAGGUCGCAGUGGAAAUGAUCAAGGUGACAGAGGUCGAGGUGAAAGUGGACAAGUUGGCAGAGACCGAGGUGGAAAUGAUCGGAGUGGCAGGGGCCGAGGUAGAAAUGAAGAGACUGGAAGAGGACGGGAUAGAAAUGAAGCUGGUAGAGGUCAAGGUGGAAAUGAUGAAGGAAGCAGAGGAGGAAAUGAAGGUGGCAGAGGUGGUGUUGGAAGUGAUCAGGCUGGCAGAGGCAGGGGUGGCAAUGAUCAAGCUGGUAGAGGCAGAGGUGGAAGUGAUCAAGCUGGUAGAGGAAGGGGUGGAAAUGAUCAAGUAGGUAGGGGCCGAGGUGGAAAAGAUGAACCUGGCAGAGGUGGAAAUGAUCAACCUGACAGAGGGCGAGGUGGAAGUGACCAAGCCGGCAGAGGCCGUGGUGGAAAUGACCCAACAGACAGGAGUCGAGGUGGAAACGAUCAAGCUGGCAGAGGUAGAGGUGGAAGUGAUCAAGCCAGCAAAGGUAGAGGAGGAAACGAACCAGAUGUCAGAGGUCGUAGUGGAAACGAUCAGUCUGGCAGAGGACGAGGUGGGAAUGAUCAAGCCGGCAGAGGUCGAGGUGGGAAUGAUCAGCCUGGCCGAGGCCGAGGAGGACGUGAUGAUUUCAACGACAGAAGGUCAAGAGACUGGCGUGAUGCAGAUAGCAAAGAGUUUGGUGGUCAGCGUGAUGGUAGAGAUUGGAGAGGAAAUAAUGAUAGAUUUUCAAACAAAGAUGAUUUAAGGAGUGGAGGAGGAAGAGGCCGAGGUGGUGAGAGAGGCGGUGGUGGUGGUAACUUUGGUCACUCAGUGGUGGAUCGUGGCAUGGGUCGAGGCCGAGGUGGUGGCCGGGGCUAUGAUAUUUGGGAUAAUUGUGAGAUGGAUAGCAGCAGAGGUGAUGGACCACAGGGUUGGAAUAGAGAUAACAGAAGAGGACAAGAUCGAGGUUUUGAAGUGGGUGCUGGGAGACCCGCUGGGAUUCCUGGACUGGACUUGGCUGAAGAGCUGCCCAAGAAAGAGAAAGAAAAAGAAAAAAAUGAAGCUAAGAAGGAUUCAUCUGCAAAGACUGUGUUCCAUGACCAGGAAGAUGAAAAAAUUGAUGUGAAGCUUGGAGCAGAACCACUGAAAAUUGGGCCAAUUGGUGUACCUCCUCAAAAGCAUGAAAAAUUCACACUCCCAGGAGACUGGUAUGAUGAUGAGGAAGACAGUGAACGGAAAGAAGGCAAUGGUGAAAGCAAAUCUGAAGGAGCUAAACAAACAGAUAGCCCCCAGCAAAAGGAUAAGCCUCCUGUUAACAAAGAAACCCCAAAACCAGGUUUUGGAGGACAGCCAAAUCAAGAUAUGGAUGGCCCUCAAAGGCCAGGCUUAGAAAAUGCACCAAGGCCACAUUUGGGAGGUACUCCAAGGCAAGAAUUGGGUGGUCCACCAUGGCAAGACGUAGGUGGCCCAUCUCGGCAAGAUUUUGGGGGUCCACCUCGUCGAGAUUUGGGUGGCCCACCACGGCAAGAUUUUGGAGGGCCUCCACGGCAAGAUUUUAGUGGUCCGCCACGACAAGAAUUUGGAGGUCUAUCUAGGCAAGAUUUUGGAGGCCCAUCAAGGCAUGGCUUUGGUGGAACAACUAAAUCCGAUUUGGAUGGUCAACCCAGGUCAGAUUUUGAAGGUGCAGCAAGGCGAGGUUUUGGAGAUUCUGAUAGACAAGAUUGUGGAGGAAUGCCAAGAAGGACUUUUGAUGAUCCACAGAGGCCUGAAUUUUGGGAAUUGGAUAGAGGUGACUCCACAUCCCUGGGAAGGGAUGCACAAGGUGGAGCCAGGUGGCAGGAUACUAUAAGAGACAGACAGCUACACUCACAGGAUAGGGACAACUGGGAUGGAAACAGGAGAGACUCAUCUUCAACAUAUGGCUUCUCUGAAUGUUUUUCGGAAGAAAUGUUAAGAUACGAAGAAAAGCGCAGACAUGAAAGAUUUGGCACCGAUUCAAGAUUCCCAGAUAACCGCAGAGGUGAUUACUGGGAUGAUCGCAGAGAUGAUCCACGCUACUCGGGACGACGCAUGGAUGAUCGUUUAGGUGACGAUCGAUUUGAUGAUGAUGCCUAUAUCCGACAACGUUGGGAUUAUUAUGAAGAGAGAGAGAGGGGCAGUUCGUAUAGAUGGAAUGAUAGUUAUUAUGAUGAUGCGUAUGGAAGGGGAUCGAGGGAUCGCUUUGAUAGUGGCUAUGGAAGGGAAACAUUUGAUAGAGAUCCCUAUUAUCAAGAUAAUUAUGGCUCCAGACCAUAUGACAGGAGAGAGAGUGACUAUGCCAUGGACACUCGUGAGCACGAUCGUGAUCGUCACGAGAGAGACAGGAGAGACCACUAUGGCCGAGGGCCAGAAGACCCACACAGACGUGAACUGUUUGAUCAUAAACCACCAGUUGAUCAGCCUGCAGUUGUUGACUAUGCACAUGGUGGAAGUAGUACAGGCAUGAAGCAGCAGCCAAACCCUGGUGGGUCAUUCAACUCUGGAAUGGAUUGGCAAAUGCAGCGUCCAGACGGUCACGACCAGCCGAGUAGGGAACGUAAUCUAAGAGGAGGUAGAGAAGAGAACCGUGGACCUCCUUCAGCAUUUGACCAAAGGCCAGACUGGGCACCAAGAAAUACUGGAAAUGAAGAAAGAGAUCGGUCACCAUUAAGAUCAUCAGCAGUGUCCAGGUUGGCAAUAGGCACAGGCCCUACUAGUGGAACACCUGAGCCUGCUCCCCAACCUGUGCCGUCAGAACCAGAGGUAGUUGGGGAUGUUGUUACCAUUGAUGACCUUGUGUCUACUCCUGGACGUUUUAUGCGCCCUCCAAAAAUUGCCAUUAUCCUUCGUGGACCUCCUGGUUCUGGCAAGACUACCAUGGCUAAGAUGAUCAAGGAUCGAGAGGUGGAGAAUGGAGGAAGCCCCCCACGCAUCCUUAGUCUUGAUGAUUACUUUAUGGUGGAGACUGAGAAGAUGACUCUUGAUAAGGAUACUGGGAGAAGAGUUAAAACAAAGAUUAUGGAGUACGAGUAUGAAGCAGAACUAGAAGACAGUUACCGUGCAUCUCUUGUGAAGUCAUUUAAGAAGCAAGUGGAUGAUGGCUUCUUCCCUUUCAUCAUUGUGGAUUGUGUCAAUAACAAAGUGAAUCAUUUCACCGAGAUUGCUUCCCAUGCUAAAAAGCAAGGUUUUGAGGUGUAUAUUGGAGAGUUAGAGGUGGACCAGACUGUGUGCCUUCACCGCAAUACCCACAAUCAUCCUAAGGAGCACAUAGAGCGUAUUAUAGCAUCCUGGGAGCGUACCCCGGCCAGCUACACCAGAGUUGACUUGACACCAUUGGCCCAGGAUGCUGCUAUUAAUGAGGUGGAAAUGGAGGAUAUUAUGGAAACAACACCAGCAAUUGAAAACAAAGAAGUUGAAGGAGAAGAUGCAGUUGAGGAAGAGAGGGAGACUUUCCUCAAGGUAUGUGACAAAGAUGCUGGCCGCUUCUCAGAUGUAAGUACCAGCGGCAAAACCACUCGGUCCAAUGAUGCAGUCCUGCCACGUGGUAAUUCUUGUGAUGCUGCUAAACAGCAAGGUAAACAAGUCGAUAAGAUUGUAGGUGCAAGUGGCCAAAAUGCAGCUGGCCGGAAUGUUGCCUCUCAAGUUGUAGUUGGCGUGCCUAUGAAAGAUAGCAUUAAAGAUAGAAAGGGUAUAGGCAGCCAAGGCAGUGAUGGCCAAUGUUCUUCCACUAAGAUUCAGCAUGGUGGUAAUCAUGGUGAAGCUGGUCAAGGCGGUACUAAGGGUAAACCUGGCCAAAGUGCAUCAAGCCAAGGCAAUAUUAAUAAUGGAGCAUCCAGUCAAGUUAGUGCUAGUUCAGGUGCCAGGGAUCAAGGGGGUACUAAUCACAGCAAAACUGGUCAAGUUAACACAAGUCAGAGUAAAAUUGGCCAAGGUGGUGACAGUCGUGAUACAGCCAGACAAAGUGGUAACAGUCAUGAUAUGGCCAAACAAGAUAGUGACACUCGUGAUACGUCCAAACAAGGUGGUGACAGUCGUGAUACGGCUAAACAAGGUAGUGACAGUCGUGAUGCUAUCAAACAUGGUGGGGACAGUCGUCAUACUGCCAAACAAGGUGGUGGCAAUCGUGAUAUGGCCAAACAAGGUGGAGACAGUCGUAACACAGCCAGCCAAGGUGGUGACGGUCGUGGUGCAUCCAGCCGAGGUGGUGGCACUCAAGGUGCAGCCAGUAAUGCUGGUGCUGGUCAAGGUACUUCUGGGAUAGGCAAUAUCAAUGCAAAUGCUGCUCAGAGAGCUGGUAAUGAACGAAACUUGGGCAGUGGGAAAGGUGAUUCACAGAAGCCACUUCCCAGCUUAAUGAAAGAUAAUGGAUUAGCUGUCAGGCAUGGUAAUAUAGUGCAAAGAGGACUGAACCUUAGUGACAGUGGUAGGGUAGGCAUGGGUCAUGCAAUUAAUAGACAGGCCACUUUCAGUCAGAUACAAACUAGUGGUAUCAGUUACUCUGGUCAGGAUUAUCUUGGCUGGAUUAGAUCAGCUCAGAGUAUACUUUACCAAGGAUUUCUUGCACAAAAUUAUCAAGGUCGGGGAUUUUUUGGACCAAGGUAGAUUUACAGGCAGUGCAGACUGCAUUAAAAAAAGUUUUAAGUAUUAAACCUUGAGAGAGACAAAAGCAACAUUUAUUAUUAAGCAUCUAAUUGUUAAAUAUUAUUUGUAAACUUUUCUUUUCUUUGUACUUAAAUUUAAAUGAACAUACAUAUGUUAUCAUUAAAUGCAUGUGUAUUGAAGAUGUUUGCCACUGUAAUACUCGAUUCACCUGCAGCAACUUGAAUGAUAUGGUUCACAUACAUUUUUGUUUUGUUUUAUUUGAUUAACCUUGUUCCAUUCCCAGCUGCAGCAUUAAACAUUUUUAGAUGAUAGAAUUAACACAAGGUUUAGGUGUGUUGGGUUAGUGUUGCUUAACAUUGUGAAUGUGUUGUAGUAAGAUGUAAUGAAGCAUGGAUGCUACUUGCGUUAUGUAUUCCUGCAGUUGAGUAGAACUGCACUUGUGGGGGAGAUGUGUAUAUUGCAUAUUCCUUGUGUUCCCUGGCUAUUUUCUAAUUAAAGGUACCUAAGUUUGAGAUGGAUGUUUCGAGAGAAACAUCCAUCUCAAACAUUUGCAUAUUUAUGAACUUUCACUUAGUCAUUUUUCUGUUGAUGACUUCAGAACCAACUGACAUGAUUAAAAUUUGUGUUGUAUUAAAAGUAAAGCCUUCAUCACUCUAAUUAAGGGUUGGGCCUCCCACCUUUUGCUUAGAAAUAUUGUUAUAAUUUCUUUUGUGAAGUUGUAUGUUGGUCUGGAGUUCUCAUAAUUUAUUCAAGGUUUCUCUCUUAAAUUCCUAAUAUUUUAUCAAAAUUAUAUGACAUUGGAAAACCAAAAUCUGCUCUGUAGUUUUCUGUUUUCUUUUGUUCAUGCUUAAUAUUAUAUUUGAUAAGUAUCAAAUACAUGUAUUACCACAUAAGCAGUGGUAAAAUUAAUUUUUUCUACUUAUUUUCAUUCUUGUUUAUUUAAUUCUUGUUUGCAUUGUUAUAUUACAAAGCCUAAACACAGAUUGUAAUGUUUAUAAUUAUAAGUUUUAUCCAGAGCUAAGUAUAACCACUGGCCAGUUGCUCUUUAUUUUGCUUCUUCCGGGAAUAAACAAGAUGUUUCUUGUAAUGCAGCUCAAGAGUGUCAUUUACAUGCCAUUUUGAGGAAUACAACCAUAUUUUGGGGUUGUGGUGUUUUCACAAAUUACGAUUAUAGUCUGAGGUAGUAUUUAUGAGGAAAGUUUUAAUUCGUGUGCUGUGCACUAUUAAUUACUGGUACAUUUUUUAAUUAUUUAAAUGUAAAUCUUGUUCAGGUAAUGUUACCAACACUAGAUUAUUACUGAUAAAGGUAGUUGGUACAAGUGCACUGACAAUACACUUAUUAAAAAUGUUAUGAAAUAUUUUGAGUGAAGGACCCAAUUGCUAUACCAGACAUAAUACACUGAACAUGUAGGAGAGAGAUGUAGAGGAUAAUCAUGCUAGUAGUGUCUCAUCACUAGUACUUAGCUUCUUAACUGGACUAUUCAAUUUAGUAAUCCUCACUGUUAAUGAUAAAUGAUAAUUUAAUCAUGUACUAGAAAAUGUAAACCACCAAGUUUGCAUGCACAGUGUUGUCAGAUAUUUAAACAAAUUACUUUACUAUUAUUUUCAUAGUUUUUUUUUUUACUUAUGGAUCUUAGUUUGCAAAUAAUUCAUCGUGGAUGUCAUAAAAUUGAAGACGGCUAAUGCUUCCAGACUAGAUAGUUGUGUGCCCAGUUAGUGAGGGUGUUUCAGCCUAAGCCACACCACCAAGUAUGUACUAUACUGCUAUAAUUUAUGGAAGAUCUGUCAUCUUUUAUAAAUUGAUCAUUUUUAUACUUUUUUUAAAUUUCACAAGCACUUUAACUAGCUUUGACUUGAAUUGUUAACAACAUUCCUAUUAGCUGAGCUUUUUCUUAACCCCAGAAUAUGCUCCAUCAUUCAUUAGUUUGAUACUAUAGAAAUGAAGCAAAAAAAUAGUGAGACAAGUCAAAAUCACCUACAAAAGCUCUCUAUGUAAUAUGCUUAGAUGUACGUAUUACAUAUAAGUGUCACCCUGCCUCGGUGGGAGAUGGCCGACUUGUUGAAAAAAAAAAAAAUUACAAAUUACUCCAUAUUUAAUAUAGAAUUGGUUCCUCUCUAAAGUUGGUGUGGUCUGGCAAGACUUGGGUAUUAAACUGAAAAUGACAAGGAAACUUUUUUUUUUUUUUUUUUUUUUUUUUUUUUAAUAUAAAUUAAAAUACAGUUCAAGUUUGACAUGCCAUAUUUUAAUGGUUAUUUAAAUGUUUCCAGUGAAACCAGUACAAUAUUGCCAAUGCAUUGAUUAACAGUUUAGCCAGAUUUGAGAACAAAUAUGUUAUAAUAAGGGUAGUCAAAAAACAGCUUGUAUCAAACCCUAGAAUAAUCCAAGAGUCUUAUGAGCUGUAUUAAAGUUUUGUGAAUAAUGGAGAAUGUUUCGAUAAAGAAUUAUCAUCCAUAGCUGUAUAUAUUAUAUUCCUGGGGUGGAUGGUGGUGGACAGGACAACUUUUAAAGUCUUUAUAAAAUAUGGCAAAAGUUCAUGGCAGGAGGUUCCUACAGACCUUGCAAAAUAUUGAAAUGUGUAUCUCAUUGCUAAGGCAGCCUCAUGGGUGGGAGUGCUAAUUUUGACAAAUAAUUUUGAUGUAUUCUCCUCAUAAUGAUACAUAUUUAUGAUGUAGUGUAUGGCCCAUUGCUGAAUGCUCUUAACUUUUUUAUUAUUUAUAGGAGUGAGGUACAGAUUAGCAAGUGUAAGAAAGUAUAGCAAUAUUUCCAGUAGGACUUCAGCAAAAGUAUGUGAUGUCAUUAUAGCUGUGCAAGGUGUUCAUAGAUAGGGCUGCAAAAUGUUGUAAGUGGAGCAAACUGCUCAGUAGUAUUGUUAAAGCCAGUAUUGUGCUUUGGGCUACUUUUAAAAAGAGUUUGGACAAGCAUAUAAGUGGGAGGGCUUGGGUGCUUGUAAGAUCUACCAGGUAUAGGAUAGUAGUCUUGCUGCAGUGUUCUUCUGUAGUGUGGCUGCAAGAGACAGAAAUUAAAUUAAGAGUUGGAGUUUAAAUAAUUGCUAUUGUGAAUGGUGGUAUUUUAUUGGAAAAUUUGCAAGUGUAACCACAGAGGUUGGUAGAGUACUCUGGAAAGCCUAUUAAUAGAAGAGAGUUAAAAGUGAAUGCAGAAAUGAUUAAGGUGAGAUUAAGUAAGAGCAAAGAAAAUAAAACAGAGGUCAAAAUAAAUUGUUUGGGUGUCUCAGUGGUUGGGUCUUUGGUGGAUGAGUUAAAUUAUAGAUUAGAUGCUGGAAUAAACAUUGCUAGAGUAUUAAUUAGGGUUUUUGUAUUGAGGUUUGUCAGUGGAUGAAAAAGAAAGUGAAACUGAUUAUAGAGGGUUUGAAACUUGGCAUGUGAAGCAUUGUCUUUAAAUGUUGCAAUUAGGAUAUUGAAAACAGGAAAUGGCUUGUCAAGAGUUAUAUGGUGUGAAUAUUAUAUAGUGAAUAAGAAUUGAAGAAAUUAGUGUAUUUAUAUGAAAAGCACAAUAUUGUGUGUGCAGGGGUUGAUUGUCAGGUCCUGGUCCUGCCUCUUAACUUGACACUCUGUAGCCUCAUAGGCCCUGUCAUACUUGCACGUGUGUGUGCGUGCGCGUGCGUACUUGCCUUUUUUUUUUCUCUCUCCUGCUCUUAAAACUAUGUAUGGAGUCUACUACUACAAUUUAACAGGGAUCAUUCCACUUUCUAACCACCUUGAGAUCGAAGAAAUACUUCCUGACAUCUCUGUGGCUCACUUGUCUUUAACUUCCAGCUGCGUCCUCAAGUUCCGGCUUUUUGCCUCAAACAGCCUGUCCCUGUCUACCCUAUCAGUUUUCUCUUCUAUCCUGUUGGGUGUAUCCAGUGGAGGCUUGAAAUUAUAGGAUAGUGUGAAAGUGGUGUAUAGAGGAAAGGGCUGAAACAUCAAGUAGGUUUGAUUGUGCAAGAUUAUAAUGAACUAGGUAAGAUUUUAGGUAGGUAGGUAGGUCAACAUUGGACCAUGUUUGUCUUGGAUAAGUGUCUAGAAAAUAUGCGAGGGUAAAUUUAUUUUCAUCUUUGCUUCGUUCUACUUUUUUUUGGGGGGGGGGGAUUUAUACAGCAAUACAUAAACUUUUAGAUACAUAGAAACUUGUUAAGAAUAUUUCAUGCUGUACUUCUCAAAAGUGUAGAAUCCUUUAAUAAAAUAGUUGCAUGCUAGUUCGAAUAUUGCACCUCAGCCUGCUACAUAUUUGUAGUUUCCUACUCUUAUAGGUUUAACGUUAAAAGAUUUUUAAAAAAAAAUUUUAUUCAACCUACUACUAUCUCAACAGUAAGAAAGAAUUGGGUAUCUGUUGUUGACUUGUAUGAUGUAUUUGAUUUACAAGGCAAAAAGAAAAUUAUAUUUUAAAUACUCCUGAUUUUAGCAAGCAAAUUAAGCAAGAAGUGUCAAUUCACACCUUAUCUGCUGGGCAGAUAAGGUGUGAAUUGUUUUUAUUCACUUGGCAGCUUUAGGUCACCUCAGUGAUGUCAUAGAUAUUAAAUUAAUUUUCUUGUGAAUAUUUUGUAAAACUUUAUACACACACACACACACACAAAUGGAAGUGCAAGCAGUAUUGUUUUGUACUUAGCAAAAUAAAAGUGUCUGUCUAUCUUUAUAUUUUUAUGCCUUGUUCUCUUGUUAAAUAAGGUCCUCAUUCUUGAGGUGAUAACUACAUUUGAAUUAAUUCUCCAAAUAUUGAAAGAGCAGGUGGGAACAAUGUUGAUGAAAUAUAGUCUGGUUUGGUUAUCAUAAGUACUGUAUGAAGGAUUUGAUACUACAAGGCAAUAGUAGAUAAAAAAAAAAGCUGGAUUACUUAAAGAUUUGAUACUACAAGGCAAUAGUAGAUAAAAAAAAAAUGGAUUACCUAAAGAUAACAUGUAUACAGUAUAAUGUAGAACAAAAAAAGGUAUAUUAAAAGGCAGAACAUGGAAGAAAAUUAAGAGGUACAGUUACAGGUAAUAUUUCACAACUAUCCAACAAAUCAAAAAUACAUCUGUUUUGGAUAGGUUGUGUAUUGUUUCAGUCAGUGUUGUGACUUAGUCUUGGUGGGUAUAUGUUUGCUGAUAUGGUACUGUGGCAUUAGAAAAAUUGAAACAAACUAAGGAGUGGCACGACUAUAUGAGAAAUGCAAAAAAAAUAUAAGUAGACGGGGUUCCUACCCUUCUGUGAGUGACAAUGACAGCCAGUAUAUGGCUCUGUCACCAAAAGUUUGGGUGUUUGAAAUGGAUGUGCCAAAUAUACUAGCUUGCAGUAUUUAAUGAUUUAAACAGAAAUAUUUUGGUAGGAUUUGUAUCCAGUACCAAAAAAUUUAUUUAACAUUAGUAAUCUUAAGGCUGCUUGCCAACUUGCCAUUCAUCAUGUCCAAAACCAUUAAAGUACAUCAGAUUUUAUAUAAAUCAAAAGAGAACAAUGGUGGUGUAAUUGAUCUUAUAUCACCCAGAUCAACUUGAAUGUAAAUAAAACAGAAAUACACCUAGUAUUGUUGCAAUUCUAUGGGCAAAGAACCAUUUUGCUAGUUAAUAACAGCAUAUUUAGUAUGAUUUGGCAUCUGAAUGUUGCUUGUUUAUAUAAAGUUGAUUGACACGGGAGGUUGUGGUUGGUUGCCAAAUAAUACUGCUUUCUGUUUUUCUGAACAGUUGUGAAAUGUGUGUACAAAUUCAAAUGGAACUGUUAAUGGUUUAUAUGGAAAAAAAAAAAUUUUUUGGCAGUUAACUGAAGAGGUCCCAUCUACCUUCAAAAAAGCAGGGAGGGGAUGGGAAGAAAGAACUAUAAACUUUGCUUUUGAAGCUCAACUUUCUACUUAGAAAAUGUACAUCUUCAGAUGUUGAAUUAAUGAACAUACAGGGUUUAAUUUAAAAGUAUUAACUAAAUUAGAUUUUUUAUUUAUCAGAAGAUCUCUUUAUCAAUAGUGGUUUUGACAAAGUAAGUUUGUAUAACUUUUUUUUCGUCUCCCCUUCCCCUUUUCAUUGAUGUUAUACUAUGUUUUAAUACCCAUCUUCGUGUACAUAUACACAAGCUUGGAGUAGUUAGUGGCUAUUACCAUUUAAACCUUCAUAGCGGAGUGAUUCAUUGCAAAGAUUAUUACAUUUUUUUCAUGAUUGCUGUACCUGUGCUGUUCUUCAUAUUGGCCUUUAUUCAUUUUCAUUCGUAGACCUGUGACUUUAUCAGUGCUCUGCAUGAAAUUACCUUUCCUACACUUGAAGCCUUAUAAUACUAUAAAAAAUUUAGCUUUUAACAUUUUCUGAGCCAUGUUAGCUCUGCUCUUUCCUACUUUGGUCAUUUAUGCUUUCCCCUUCACUUCUCUCCUAAUCCUUACAUUUUAAGUUCUUUGCCUAAAGCUUUUAACCAUUUUCAGUGAUUAUGCAGUAUUAGUAGUCCAAGACACAUUGCAUAUCUAUUGUUCUUGACAUGAAAUAGCCAUGUGGCCCUUCGGUAAUGUUCAUGGUUUUUCAUAUUUUAUUUUUUAAUCAAACCUUUUUGCUGUUGUAAGAAUCGGCGUCUGUAUUGUAAUAUCUUGACACCAAGGCAGGGGUUUGAAUCCACAUCUACAUUAGUAGCAGUUGAGACAAAUUUAGCAGUUGUUCAUAACUAGUCUUUUAUCAGUUAAAUCUUUAAUGUUCAUUAUGUGCAUAGUUAAUUACCAUCUGUUCUAAUAUUAGCUUUAAAAUUUAGCAUUCAGUAACUUUAUAUACAAAACACUUAUAAUGUAGAGCUCUUGCACGUUGUACAGUGCUCUGUUUACCAGUUCCCGUUUGUUAGUCCCAUCUCAUUGAACAAUUUGCUAUUUUAAUCGUAACGCUUUACUGAGUAUAGUAGAUUUCCAGAUAUUUAAAUUCACUCACUAUAUCCAUCUCUUUGAUCUAUAAAAUAUGGUCAGUAUUAACUUUACACACAGACUUCUCUUUUCAUAAUGGCUAUCUUUGAUUUACAGACUUAACAAAGAUCCCGUGCAAAGAGCAGUUAGGAAAACUUGUAGCUUAAGUCACAUGACUUAAGAAUGUACUUUAUCAGUACAUCUAAUGCUUGUUAUUAUGAAAGCUGCACUUGUUAUUUUGGAAAGAAGAAAUUGGUACAGUAGUCUUAAAUUUGAAAUCAUUCAAGAAUUGUAAUAUUCUUGCACGUAUUAAUGUGUUCUUUUCCCUUGACGAUGACUGUGUUUGUGAUGGUUUUGCACGUCUUUAAUGUUCUCUGUGUCUUUGUGAUAUUCUUCUUUCUUUUCUAAAGGCAUUAUAAAAAAUUAGAAAUGUUGAUGAAAAUGCUAAAAGAUAGCCAGCGAUCACUUGGGAAAAUGCAUUAAUAAGAUUAGGUGUCUUGCUACAUAAAAAAUGACACUGAAAAAUGUGAGAUCACGUUCGUACUAUGUUCAUUAUAAGUAAUUGGAAUUUACUGUAGUAUGUUGCUAUCAUAUAUUGAUGAAAUAUUAUAAAAUAAAUAAUUAGUCUAUUCUUCGGUUUUAUUAAUCAGACCAACUUAUGCAAGCAUUCCAUAUAAAAGUACCUGUGGCUUGCUAUAUGGAAAUGCAAUAUGACUGAUGCUGACUUUUUUUUUUCACGUGACAACGUUAGUUUCACUGGAAAAUGUGGAAGCAUAGUUGAGAGUAGUCGUUGGAUGGCCUAGUAUUUUAUUGCAAUUUUGCAAUAGUAAGUUUCUUAUCUUGCCCUACAUGAAUGAACUAUGCUUCCACAUUUAGGACUGUGGUGUUUGAAAAUUUUCAGAUACACUAAAUACUUUUAUUUAUCAUCUACAGUGGUACCCUGAGUUUCUGCCAUAAUUCAUUCCAGAAGGCUGUUCAAGUGCCGUUACCGAACAAAUUUGUUCCCAAAAGGAAUAAUGUAACUUAGAUUAGUCCGUUUCAGACUCUCAAAAAUACACUUACAAAAGCACUUACAAUAAUACACUUACAUAAUUGUUCAAGUUGGGAGGUGUACGAAACUUGGGUACCACUGUAUUUUGGAUAACCAUGUUGUCUUCUGCACAGUGAUACUGUCUUUAAAGGCCAUAGCAAUCUGCAGCUAUGGUCAUGAGCGUUUUAUCUAAUAAUUCUGAUGUGGAUCAAAUUCAUGAAGUUUACACGUUUAUGAAAAUAAAAUAUUUUUCUGAAGCAUUGGCAGUAAUUGAAAGAUAAAGCAGCUAGAUUUGAUUACACAAACUUGGUGGUGAGAAGUUUGCCAAAAAAAAGAGUGGCUGGGGUCCCAGCAAACACAACUUGAGAAGCCAUCAUAAUACAUUGGUAGAUCCUCGAGUUAAUAUGUACUUGGCUUUAGGUUUGAAUCCUGCACAUUAAUUGAAAAAGUUAAAAUUGAUAACAAAGAUUAUGUUGGCACACAAGUAAAUACACUUGCUUUUGUCAUGGAUUUUAGCUCUCCGUGCAGUGAGUUCAGUACAUUUGUAUUUGCAUAUGUAAAUAUUUGAUUUUCAUAUGUAAAUACAGAAUAGUAAUUUCAUGUGGACAGUAUGAAAUGGUGGAUUUUUUUUUUUUUUUUUUUCCAAGAAGUAUGACAAGUCCAUAAAGUACUGUAAAUCCCCUAAAUUCACAAAAGCUACAGGUCUUGUGAAGUUAGAAUUCACCAAAUUCUGUCUUUAUAAUAAAUUUUGUUUCAGAUUUGGGCUUUUGUAAACUGUUUAAACAGGUCAUAAUGCUUUCAGUAUUGCUAAUGUAGUUAAUAUUGAAAUGCAUCAGAAAGAGGUUUUGGUAUGGAAAAUCCAUCGAGAAUAUGCUGAAUGGAACUCUAAAGUUAAGUUUCCAAUUUAGGGGUCAUGUACCAAGUAAAAAAAAAAAUGGGCACAGGUAAUUGAAACUAUUUACCUGAGGAACUUCAGCAUAAAGAUUAAUUUUUCAAGCACUCUAACUUGGACCUUUGCACAUUUGGAAACAACUGCUUUUAAACAUUUUAUGUUGAUUCUUCUGUUAUUUAGGAUUUAACCCCUUGACUGUCGCAACCCCCAAUCCUGAGGUGUCUCCUGGUAUCGCAAAAUUUAAAAAAAAAAAUUAUUUUUUCUUAUGAAAUGAUAGAGAAUCUUUUCCCGAUUGUAAUGACACCAAAAAAAAAAAAACGAAAUUUGAUGGAAAACUGACGGAAUUAUGCUCUCGCGAAGUUAGCGACCUCGGCACUGUUUACAAAUCGGCGAUUUCUCCCACUUUGAGCCCUAUUUUCGGCUAAUUCCAUUGUUCCAGUCGCCCAAACUCAUAGCUAUUUCUUUAGAACUCCAUUUUUUCUAUCGAUUGAGUACAAGAAACUGCCCAUUUACUGAUUUCAACUACCUAAUAAUGUGGUCAGAAAUUUGCAAGUUGGCCAAAUGCACGAAAACUAAAAAAAUAUGACAAUUUCAAAAUAAGGUCCAGAAUGAACAAUGCAGACAUUCCUGGCUCUAAAAUAACAUUUUCUUUGCUCGUCAGUCAUGUCUCCAGGCCCCUCUGAUAUUACUCUUGCUUUCUAUUUUGAAUUUUUAUUCAAACAAAAAAUAGAAGACUUAUUAUUAUGCAGACUACUGCAAUACUGUAAUAAUUGUAUAAAUAACAUCAACCCAUUCAUGACUGCAUAUUAGAAUGGCUAGUUGGACAUUUAUUGGACAAUGGCAUCAUUUGUUUACUUUUGAACAUUGGCAAAAAUCAAACAUUUCCCCUACUUUGAGCUCCAUUUCUAGGUUCUUUUUAUAGUAAAAUCAAUCAAAAUCACCUUUAUUUCUAUAAUAUGUUUUCCAUUCUAUCAAAUGAGACCAAGAAAACGAGAAUACAACCAUAAAUGCUAUAUGAAAAUAGACCACAAAGUCGGCAUUUUAAUUAAAAAAAAAACGGUCUGUUUUUUUUUUUUUCUCAUUAUGCACUGCGUGCUCCAGGAAUUUUUUUAUAUGGUGCACACUGGCCACACACACCCAUUCUCUCACAUGUGGGCCUACCAGCUUUCUCCUGCCUGAUUUGAAGCCGCUAGAAUUUGAGUAUACGUCAAACACAGUACCUCGUAAGACGUAUAUAUACGGCCGCGACAGUCAAAGGGUUAAAAAAAAAAAAAGCACAUGGAGAAGUUGAAAUUUUAUUUUACGAAAUGAAGGAAAGUGUGAUUUUAGGAAGAGGAACCCUAACCAGUAAUUUUUCUUAAGCUCAUUCACUGAUAGAUGCAGUAUUCGGACUUAUCCCAAGUCUUGGAUCAUAUAAAAAUAUUAAAAACAAUACUUUUAUUAAAUUUAAAUCUAUAUGCUUGCCCAGGGAAAGAAGGUAGUGGUAAUAUUUUUUUUAAUAUUCUUAAAAUUUGUAGUGGAUUAUGAAACAUUUUAUAUUUUUUAUCCAUUAUUUUCUAUUUUUGUUUAUUAAUGUUUUAUUUUUUAAUAAUUGAGAGAAGUGUGUGGUGUGAGUGUCAUGGAGAGAAUUUGGAGUGUAGAAACUAAAACAUGAUGUGAGGUGACCAAGGGUACAAGUCAAAAGGGUGGUUUGGGCAUGUGGAGAGGAUGGAGAGGGAUAGGUUGACCAUGAGUGUAUAAAUCUAGGAUGCAAGGUAAGAGCAGCUGGGGCCCUAGGAAUGGUUAAAAGCAAGGGGUACAAAAAGCCAUUUUAGGAGCUUGAUUUGAGCAGGUUUGGUAGGAGUGCAUUAAGACAAGUGGUUUUUUAAUGGAUGUUCCGUUGGGGUGAGAGCAGUGUAACUUUUAUGAAGGAAUUUAGGGAAGCUGAUUAGCCGGACUUGAGUCCUGGUGGUGGGAAAGGUGCUUUGAAGGAGGGAUGGGUAUGUUGCAGUUGGAGGGUAGUUUGACUGUGAUACCAGCAAACUUUUGGAAGGACAGCAAUUGAGUGAAAAUCAUUGACUGGGUUUUCUUUUGGAUUAUCCUGCCUUGGCAGAAGGAGCAGUUGAAUUAAAACAAAGAGAGUGAGUUUGACACUGUUCUUCUCAUUUUGUUAUAAUAUUAGAAACUGUUUAUACAAGUUUUUACAUUAUAGAAAAUAGAAAGACUGUCUAAGAAAAGCUUAUACGUGAGUGUGUGGUUGUGUAGGUAAGGCUUUUAUAGUACAAUUUAGUAGAAAAGAGAUGAGAAAUUGUAAAACUUAUUAGCACUAUCAUGUGAGAAGGUAAGAGAAUUGCAAAGCUUUUUACAAGGUAAAGUUAAGUUGAUGGAGCACCAUUAAUUAUAGAACAUCACAAUGUAACUUUUUUACUUUUAUCUCUGUAAAAUCAAACUACAAAGUAGUUGCUGUGGCAAAAAAAUUUCUGCACUCUGUGGAAUGUGGAAAUUUGUAGAGUAUCUGCUAGUGUUUUUACUUCCUGGAUUUGGACAGUAUAACAUAAUUACCAUUUCUGGGUUUACACAGUAGCUGCCUGGUCAAGAAUUAUUGUAUACAGUUAAAGAUCUACAUAUUAAUUAAUUAUUUAUGUAAAAUAAUAUUCAAUAUUGAACUUAUGUUUUUAGUAUUUCUUAUUUUGAAAGAUGCUAAGUGCCUGUAGUAAUCUUUCUGUUCUUAACUGUUGAGUCAGACUUUGGUUUAAUGGGUAACCAUUGUAGUUACAGCACAUUCUUAAGUCAAAAAUAAGGACAUCUUGACACUGUGGAAGCUUCUACCCGAUUUGCAGCAUUGAAUUGAUAAAAGCUAGACAGUGAAAAAAAAGUGCAUAAAUGUGUGUGCACAUUUGUGUGUAUAUCUUGUACUCUAUAUAGUUUACUAAAUGUUCAGAUUCAUGGGACAUGUGUUCUUAGAGGUCCCAGCAAAUUCAGGAACUGUGAUUGCCAUUAAACACUAAUGUAUAAUUAUUUGAAAUUUGGGCUAAUGUUUUUCCAAGGUCAGCUCCUUACAUAUUGUGUUAACCACAUUAAUAUUGAUUUGUAUGAGAAAGAAUACCAAUUGAGAAGAGAGAUUUGGGUGUAGGAGUUGCAGGGAGCACAUUUUUAAGAAGAUCCUGUGGUUGAUUUUCAGUUAAAAGGUUGCACACAAAGCAAUAACAAAAUGGCAACUUGAGAAACACGGUGAACAAUACUGAAAAUUAUUUACAGGAGGCCCUUUAGUCAAACUUAAUUGUUGAAUCCAGGCUACCACAAAUUUGGAAGGCUGACUGUGUAGUGUAAUGUUACUAGUGAUAACCUGUUUCUGAUAACCAAAUAGGUAAUCACUUUUGUUUUUAUAUAGUAGUAUACAUGAUGGCACAUUUGCUUUUAGUGAAGUCACCUGUAUGUCAUUCCUGUUUAAGACAUUGCAUGUUGGUACACUGGUGUCCAAUUACUGUAUUGUUUACAAUAUCCUGGUGUUGAUACUUCACCCCAUUUUUGGUUUGCUUUCAGAGGUAUUGAAAAAGUACUGGAAAAAGAUUCAAGAAAAUAAUUAACUCCCAUAAACAGAAUUUUUUUUUUUAUGUAGUUUGCCUUUAAGGGCUUUCUCACUUAAGCCUAGCAUUUUUAGCACCAUUCUUGCAUGUGUGUAAAUUCCAAAUGCAUGCAUCAGGAUAAAUGAUAAUGAGCUUAAUAGAAGAUUCACAGUUGAUUUUCACAUACUCAAGGACAAGUACCAGAAAUGGAGAAUAUAAAUUGCUAUUGAAUUUAGAUGAUUAUUGGGGCAUUACACAUCUAAGACAUUGCUACUGUACCUGGUGAAGUAUCACCAUAGAUACUAAAAGAAUCUUGAAUAAUGUGCAACCUCUUGUAGAUCUUCAGGAAAUAAUUGAGAAGAGAUGUCUUGCCAGGAAAUUAGGUGGCAGUAAAUGCAAUGUUGGUACUGUACUUAAAAAAAAAAAAAAUAAGACAUUAAUACAAACCAUUCAAGAUGUAUAAAAAAUUGAGGUUCAGAAGCCCCCA